AAUAUAGGUAUCCGAAUCCAAAAACCUAACAAGCAAGAGACAAAUGUGUAGUACUGCUGGUUAGGUUUUUAAAGGUCAUCAGCUACCUAUGUCUCCCAAGAUGAUGUUUCCAGUGACCGACUUCCCACAACGUUUAAGACAAGAAAAUUGUUGCUCUAAUCUCUCAGUCCCCUUCGCCAACAAUCUAUAAGAACCCAAAAAACUCUAUAGCAUCUUCAUUUGAGCAAUUUGUAGACAUGUUUAGCCCAGACCUAUUUGAGAGUCCCCAUAUCUUCGACAUGACCCAUAAGACCUCUGAAAGUGAACUAAUGGAGAAGAUCAGGGACGAUUAUUAUGAGACGAAAUCAGGUACGGAAAACACGGAUGCUCCCUCGGGAGAUGAUCAGGAUCCUAACCAGCGCACCAAAAAGAAGCGUUACCACCGCCAUACCCAGCGUCAAAUACAGGAGAUGGAAGCAUUUUUUAAAGAGUGUCCUCACCCAGAUGAUAAGCAAAGGAAGGAGCUGAGCCGUGAGCUAGGGUUAGAACCUCUACAAGUCAAGUUUUGGUUCCAAAACAAGCGCACCCAAAUGAAGGCCCAACAUGAACGCCAUGAAAAUGCUAUAUUGAAGGCUGAGAAUGAAAAACUCCGUGCUGAGAACAAUCGGUACAAGGAAGCUCUUAGCAAUGCUACAUGCCCCAAUUGUGGGGGCCCAGCGGCUCUCGGGGAGAUGUCAUUUGAUGAGCAGCAUUUGAGAAUAGAAAAUGCCCGGUUAAGGGAAGAGAUUGAUAGGAUAUCUGGAAUAGCUGCUAAAUAUGUCGGCAAGCCUUUGACUUCCUUUCCUCACCUUUCUUCUCAUUUACAUUCUCGUUCUCUUGGUCUUGGAACUAGCAAUUUUGGGACACAAUCAGGGUUUGUAGGAGAGAUGUAUGGUGGUGAUCUUCUGAGGUCUGUCUCUGGGCCUACAGAGGCAGAUAAGCCCAUGAUUGUUGAGCUUGCUGUUGCGGCAAUGGAGGAACUAAUCAGAAUGGCGCAAUCUGGGGAACCUUUGUGGGUUUCUGGGGAGAAUUCUACAAAUGUGUUGAAUGAAGAUGAAUACUUGAGAACUUUCCCUAGAGGAAUUGGACCAAAACCUUUAGGAUUGAGAUCUGAAGCUUCAAGGGAAUCUACUGUUGUCAUUAUGAAUCAUGUCAACCUAGUUGAGAUUCUCAUGGAUGUGAAUCAAUGGUCAAGUGUGUUUUGCGGAAUUGUUUCAAGGGCUAUGACUCUAGAAGUCCUAUCAACUGGAGUAGCAGGAAACUACAAUGGAGCCUUGCAAGUGAUGACAGCUGAGUUUCAAGUCCCUUCGCCACUUGUACCAACUCGGGAAAAUUAUUUCGUGAGGUAUUGUAAGCAGCACACUGACGGAACUUGGGCAGUAGUUGAUGUUUCCUUGGAUAAUUUACGCCCUAGUCCAAUGUCCAAGUGUAGAAGAAGGCCGUCAGGUUGUUUGAUCCAAGAAUUGCCAAAUGGAUACUCAAAGGUUAUAUGGGUUGAGCAUGUCGAAGUGGAUGAUAGAGCUGUCCACAACAUAUACAGACCAUUAGUUAAUUCUGGUCUAGCUUUCGGAGCAAAACGUUGGGUGGCUACAUUAGAUCGACAGUGUGAACGUCUUGCAAGUACAAUGGCCAGUAACAUUCCUGCUGGGGAUCUAUGCGUUAUAACUAGCCCAGAAGGGAGGAAGAGUAUGUUGAAGUUGGCAGAGAGGAUGGUGACUAGCUUCUGUACCGGCGUUGGUGCUUCGACUGCCCAUGCUUGGACAACUUUGUCAGCAACAGGUUCUGAUGAUGUGAGGGUAAUGACCAGAAAGAGUAUGGAUGAUCCAGGCAGGCCUCCUGGUAUUGUAUUAAGUGCUGCAACUUCCUUCUGGAUCCCAGUUCCACUAAAGAGGGUUUUUGAUUUCCUCCGGGAUGAGAACUCUCGAAGUGAGUGGGAUAUUCUUUCGAAUGGUGGUCUAGUUCAAGAAAUGGCUCACAUAGCCAAUGGUCGUGAUCCAGGCAAUUGUGUCUCCUUACUGCGCGUAAAUAGUGCAAAUUCUAGCCAGAGCAACAUGUUGAUACUACAAGAGAGCUGCAGUGAUGCUACAGGGUCCUAUGUGAUUUAUGCCCCAGUUGAUAUUGGUGCUAUGAACGUGGUCUUAAGUGGUGGGGAUCCGGAUUAUGUCGCUCUACUGCCAUCAGGUUUUGCAAUUCUUCCUGAUGGUCCAGGACUUAAUGGAGGAGGAAUUCUAGAAAUCGGUUCUGGUGGCUCUCUCCUUACUGUUGCAUUCCAGAUUUUAGUUGAUUCAGUUCCAACGGCAAAACUCUCUCUUGGAUCAGUGGCUACUGUCAAUAGUCUAAUUAAAUGCACAGUUGAAAGGAUCAAGGCUGCGGUCAUAUGUGAUAAUGCUUGACCAGAUAUCAAAAGGGUUAUUAUAUGCCCGAACAAGAGGAGGAAGGGAAGAGAAAAGAAAUGGUGUUUGCGUCAAAUCAUAACGAAGAAGUCAAGAACGCACCUUUUCAUGCCUCGUGGUGUUUGUACUAAGAAGGAAAAUCACCACCUGCAAGGUUAAUAGGUUCGGGUAUUGACUUUGCCAAACACAAAUGAUCAAAGUUAACUCAGGUCUAAUAUUAUAUAUGUUAGAAGAACCGAAAACUCACCAUUUUGUGACCUUAGGGCUAAGUCUAAGACUGAGAGUUUACUGUAGGGGUUAUCUUAAAUUGUCUAAUUUCUUUAAUUUCCUUCUUUGGGUUUCAUGUGUUUUUGUUGAAGCAUUAGUUGGACUCAUACUUCAUUAACAGACAUUUCCUUCUGCCUUAUGUUUUGCUAGAUUUGAAAUUAA